UUUUCUCUCACCUUUCUCACAGUCCCCUCUUCUCAUUUUUCCCUUGCCCAGUCUCCACUGCACACACUACACACACCAGACACCAGACACCAGACAUAGAUGUGUGCAAAAAAAGUAGAGAUAUGGCUGUCGUGAACCAAAGUGGGAUGGCUCCAAUAUUCACGUUCAUGAGAAGUGACAACAUGGGUUACACAGAUAUGGAGAAAAGGCAGCUGUUCUUGAGAAGCUACCAAUUCAGCAGGAAGAAGAGCAUGGCUGAGAGGAUCAAGAAAUCUUUCUUUAGAGUGAAAAGGGUCAUUUGGGUUCGCCUCAGAUCAGCCAAAAAGAUAAGAAAGAUGGUCUGGUCACGGCUCAAAUAUGGCUUCUUUUUCACUAGUAGGAGGAGGAGGUUUUUCCUGCGUCUUCACAGCAACAACCACUACGCCACUAGUCAUGGCCUUUCUUCCUCUUGUUUCUGGUAGAAAAUUUGAUCAUAGCUUGUGUUCUUUUCUUCUUUUUCUUUUGUUUUUCCCUUUAACAUCAUUUUAUUUGGUCAUGUUGAACGUUGUUAGCAGAUGGGAAAAAAAAUCCAUGGGUUGGCCGUCUUUGAUCCCCAUGGUGUUAAUCAAUUAACUGUUGCAUUCUACCUUGUGCUGACAAAUAGUGUAUUACUAUGCGGAAGCGGAUCCUAUUAUGUAUUUAUACAGAUUAGUUGACGAUUUUAUGGCAUCCUUUGUUCUUGUUGAAUUGAAGGUAGUGAUUUUAGUUUCCUGUCA